AUGGGCAAGGUUCACGGCUCGUUGGCGCGUGCUGGAAAGGUGAAGAACCAGACCCCCAAGGUCGCCAAGCAGGAGAAGAAGAAGCAGCCCCGCGGCCGUGCAUUCAAGCGACUGAAGUACACGCAGCGGUACCUCGCCAAGACGCUGAAGCCCGGCGAGAAGCUCCGCAUGAACAAGCAGCCCCCUGGCAAGGCUGGUUAA